ACGGACAUACAGGGCAGAGAGAGAGAGAGAGCGAGAGCAGCUGUAGCGGCUCGCGCGUCUUCCACCGCACAUUCACGCACACGCACGUUUAUAUCGCGCGCGCGGACAUCCGCAUUAACCGCAUUAACUGUGAAGAUGGUGGACCGCGAACAGCUCGUGCAGAAAGCCCGACUGGCGGAGCAGGCGGAGAGAUAUGACGACAUGGCCGCAGCAAUGAAAUCUGUAACAGAGCUAAACGAGGCCCUGUCCAAUGAGGAGAGGAACCUGCUCUCCGUGGCCUACAAGAACGUGGUGGGUGCACGCCGUUCUUCCUGGCGUGUCAUCUCCAGCAUCGAGCAGAAGACCUCUGCCGACGGCAACGAAAAAAAGAUCGAGAUGGUUCGUGCCUACCGAGAGAAAAUCGAGAAGGAGCUGGAGGCCGUGUGCCAAGACGUGCUCAACCUCCUCGACAACUUUCUGAUCAAGAACUGCAGCGACGGCCAGCACGAGAGCAAAGUCUUCUAUCUGAAGAUGAAGGGCGACUACUACCGUUAUCUGGCGGAGGUUGCCACAGGUGAAAAGAAAGCCACGGUGGUGGAGUCGUCCGAAAAGUCCUACAGCGAAGCCCACGAGAUCAGCAAAGAGCACAUGCAGCCCACCCAUCCCAUUCGCCUCGGUCUGGCUCUGAAUUACUCUGUCUUCUACUACGAGAUCCAGAACGCGCCCGACCAGGCCUGCCAUCUGGCCAAGACGGCUUUCGACGACGCCAUUGCCGAAUUGGACACCCUAAACGAGGACUCGUACAAAGACUCGACGCUCAUCAUGCAACUCCUGCGAGACAACCUGACGCUCUGGACGAGCGAUCAACAGGAUGACGAGGGCGGGGAAGGCAACAACUAAAUGGAAGAAAAAAGAGAUCUUCUUUUUCCACUUGGCCGUAACAUAAAACACGCAGGCUCACACAACAAAGAAAAACAAAAAAAUCAAGUAUAAGUUAAACGAAUAAUUCACACAGAGGGCGCAUGGUGGAAUGGCUUUAGUGAGGUUUGCCGAUGGUAAAGCAGCGCAGUUUUCUUUAUUUUCCGCAAUCAAGGUUGACAGAAAUUGAUAACUUUGCUAGUUGAAAAAGAGCGGUCGCCUAUGCCUCUAAUAUUAAAAACAAGCAGCUUAAAGGGAAAAUGAAUGAAAUUUUUCUCGGUUGUCUGGUGAUUGUCAGUCAGUCAGUCAGCGGCUAAACCAGGGUUACGAUACACACGCACACACGGCACAGCGACUGUUCUCGUACCCAAGCUGCAUAUAUAAGUGUAUGAAGUACAUUAUUAUGAGUAAGAAGUAUUUCACAGUAAGAGAAAAGAACAAUUAUUGACAGAAAAUAACAUUUAAAGUGUAUGUUAUUGACUGCACCGGUAGUGAACGCUUGCAUUUUUGUCUCUAAUAUUGGCUUCUGUAUGUAGGUAAGGAUUUGGAAUUGCACCCAUUAAUAUUCGUUAUGUACGUGCCAUUCAACGAUGCACAUGGUUUUGUGUCCCACAUCUACACAGUACUACAGUAUUACAGUAAUGUUGAUUAGAUGCGAGGCAAAUAGCUAAGCUCCACCCCCCUGGCCAACCCCCCAUUAUAGGAUCGCCGUGAUUUCAGAAAGUAAGAUAUUUUUUGUAGGUCCUGGAUCAACUUUUAAUCAAAGAAACCCAAAAUUCCCCUUAACUCAACCCUAAGCAUUUUUAACCCUUUCAAUUAGUGUGAAAUAAUAGUUUGAGAAUAAAUUUUAAAAAGCCUAAAAUUACUAAAGAUGAUAACUAAAGAUUCUUACCAUUAACGAGGAGAUGAUAAUCCACACGUAGAGACAUUGACUUGUCUGUCAAUUCUUCCAGAAAACAGCGUGAGGCGCACUUGAGAGUUUAUUUAAGACAGAAAUCUUUUGGAUUCGUUUAUUGGGACAAAUAAUGGACAUUAUCGCUUUGUGGAAGCGCAACACAAGAAAUUUAAAUUCAUGCAGUAUUUUAUUUGAAUAAAAAAUAGAGCCCCCCCCCCCCCUAAUUUAUAUUUUUGUGCUUUAUAGGGGGCCACUCAAGGCUUAUAGGAGGUCCUGGCCACCCCAGCCCCCCUCAAGGCUUAUAGGAGGUCCUGGACCACCGCACCCCCCCCCCAAAUUCAAACACUGCAAAUAAGAAUGAAAUCCCGAUGCUUUGCUGAAAUAAUGAUACUGUAAAGCUACUGUAUGCCUAACCACCUAAAUCUGUGCUUUAAUACACUGACAGGUACCAUAGACUGCUUUAGUUGUUGUUUGGUUAUUUUUUGGGUUGGAAACACGUUUUGGACUGUGCACUGGAAUUGUACAAGACGUGCAUUUGUGAUUCUUUUCGUUUUUUUGUUAUAUUUUAAUGAUAUGCGCUGUUUCUCAUGUAGGACGACUACAGCUCCAGUAUUCUUGAUAAUACAAUAUUGUGCAUGCUGGUGAUGUAUUUAUAAACCAUACAGUAGCUUGACUUUAUAACAUUUUAAAGGUGUAGAUGUAAUGUAUUCAUAUGAACAAGAAAUGACUGCAAUUUAAUUAGAUUUUUCUAUUUAUUACUUUAUAUUGGAUCGUUUUAUCUGUUGAAUUAUUCAUAUAUAUUUUUUCUUGCUGAAGUAUGCUAUACCAAACCAUGAAUUAAUCUGUUAUGGAUGUUGCUGUAGUGACAUGCGAUUCUUGUAUUUGGUUUUUAUUAAACAAAAAUGGUCAAAAGACCAAAAAAGACAAAAACACCACUGCUCGAACCUUUGGCGUGUGUCUGGUUUUUGUCACAAGAGUUACUGUAUGAUUACACUGUAAAACUAUUUUGUUCUUCAAUUGAUUUCUCCUUCUUUGCUAAUUCUGUCAAAAGUCUACUGUGAGAUAUUGAAGAUUUGCUGUAAUAUCAGUGUAUGGAGCAUUACCUCCUCUUAUGAUUUUUGUUUUCAUUUUCCUCAUCUACUGGUAUCUUAAAUGUGAGUCGUGUAGCGGAUGCACAAAAGGAACAUUAUUAUAAUAAUGAUGAUAAUUAAACAGUAAAUAAAACAAUAAAAACAUGACUGUGCUCUUCUAACAACCA